AUGCACAUAUACACUACCACCACCACCAUCAUCAGCUUUGCCACUGACAAAGAAGCCAGGUUCGCCGCGAAAGAAGCCACGUUCAAGGCGCAUCCUUCCAGGAGGCUCUCCUUCCACGACAUCACCAUCGUCAGGCGGGCGGUCGUGGAAGGGAAGGCGAACCCCAACGGCAGCGGGCCGCCCGUGGCUGUCAUCCGGGGCGAGCGGGAGGGCGAGCCGGGGCAGACGGCCAUGGUCUCGAUCAGCCACGACGGGGACUACGCCACGGCCGUCUGUCUCGGGUUCGAGCCGGCGACGAGAGAUGGCAAACGAGCUCCCGGGGACGAGGACGACGGGGUGGACUAG